AUGUCAUUAACAGAAGAAGAAUUUCAUACUAUUUUCCCUGGGUAUCCCUCCAGAGGUCACGAUAUCGAUGAUAUUUUGAGUCAGAUUGAUAAUGGAACUCUAGUAUCACCGGAUCCAAAUGCCAUCGCCUUCCCUGUCAGGUCACCAACUAAUGUACCAAGGGUACCACCACCCAAACCAACACCACCAAAGACUAUGAAAGAGAAUAAGUUCUAUGCCACUUAUUUUGAGAAGUCUAAUGAAGUAUUCAACGAUGAAAAGCGUCCAGUUCCACCAUUGCCAGCUAAAGCAACUGGUGUCGUAAAACCUGUGCCAGCCCCUAUUACCAAAGGUCCUGCUGCAUCCAAGGUAGCAGCCGCUGAGGGUCAAGACUUUACCCCCAAAAGUCCUGCUGUUUCAAAAGCUGCUGUUGCUCCUCCCCUACUACCACCUCCCGACGCUUCUUUCGUUAUGCCUCCCUUUGAUCCAGAUAGAGUGGUUUCCGAUGAAGAAGGUUUAAAGAUCAUCCUUCACUUUUCCGUCUUUGAGGGAUCAAAGAAUGUUGUUGCCGAUAAUGCAAAUAAUUACUUUCUUGAAAACGUAUUAUACUAUACCGAUCCAAAUUCAAAGGUGUUGGAUUUAUUUGGUAUCAAGAGACCAGUACUCGACAAGUCACGUUUAGAUAUUAGUGAUGAUCCAAAGGUUACUGUCUGGUAUUCCUUUUACUCAUUCUUUUAUCUACCAUUGAUCGUUGCCAACGGAGGAUAUUCAAUUCAUCAGCUUGAAACUGGUCCAGCUUAUGAUAAUACAUAUGCUCACCAGAGAAUGUUAUUAUUCAAGUACGCAUUCUGCCAGAAAAAUCAAUGGAUGCAGAAAUUCCAAAAGAAUGCUGUGCGUUGGUUACCACUCUACAUGGCUGCUCUAAAGGAUCAAUUCAAUCUGGCCAAACACACUCAAACGACCAAGGAAAGAACUACUGAACAAUUACAAGCUUUCAUUGUCAAUGCCAAGGCUACAUUAGAUGUAUUGGAUCCAACCGGAGAGAAUUCAAAGAAUAUGAUCAAUAUUCUAAUGGGAUCUUCCAUCUUUGUUGGCCUGGAUCAGAAAAAUUCAAUCAAAGAUACUCCUCAAAAUCGCCAAGUGAUUAAAGAUACCGUUAAAAGUAUAGUAGAGUAUGUUAAAAAUGCUGGUCCUGCUGAUCCAGAUGACCCAGAUUCUGUGGAUAAAGUGGUAAUCGGUAAAGAUUUGAUAGCUUUUCUUGGUGGCACAGCUGGAGCCAUUUCUGCUAUCCAAAAGGCUAUUCUGGCCACUCAAUUCGAGUCUGUUGAUGGCCCAGAUUUUUCCAAAGGUUUUGAUCAAUAUUUCAAGGACAUUGGAGCAAGAGUAAUGAACAAAAUGCAAUUCUCUGUAGCUGAAAAGAAAGACAAGUUCUUUAAAUGGUUGGGAAGAGCAUUCAAGACAUGUCAAGUCGGAGUUAUCAUCUAUUCGAUCUACAAUUGGGACAAGUUGGACACGUACAACAAAUUGUAUUUUAUGGCAGAUAUUGUUAAUAUCGGAUUAGAUUUAGCGUCUGCCACGAAAACAGCACCAAAAGCCCUUAAACAAUUUGGUAAUUUGGUGGGACUUGGUCUAAACAAAAUACCAUAUGGAAACAAGGUUCUCAGCGUAUUGGAGACUGCAUUCACAACAGAUCUUGCCGAAUUUGUUCAAACACGUUUCAGUCCAAUCCUAAUGGCCGUGUCUGCCAUCAAAAGUGUUUAUGAUUGCGUGCAAGAUGCACAAGAAGGUAACAUUGGUGCCAUGGUGAUUGACGGUGCCAGCGCCGUCAUUGGACUCGGAGCUGCUGUUGCCAUCUUUGCAGGUUGUGCUUGUGCAGGACCCCUAGCAUUGCUCGCAGGUGGUGUUUUAUUGGCCCUUGCAGGCUUACUGAAAGUCUAUCAAUCAAGAUCACUAAAAGAAAGAGAGGGAGAGAGAAAAAUUAUUAUAUUCAACUCUAGUUAA